UUGGCCGGAGCCCUUGUCCACGCCGCUCUCCUGGUCACCCUCUUCUGCUGGGCACCCGAGCCCCGGCACCUGGUCCAGGCGCCUCUGCUCUACGCCAUAGCUGUGCUCUGGGGUACGGGGAGUGCCCUCAACAAGACCAGCAUUAGCAUCCUCCUGGGCAUGCUGUACGAGGACAAGGAGCGCCAAGAUUUUGUCUUCACCAUCUACCACUGGUGGCAAGCCCUGGCGAUCUUCACCGUCUACCUGUGGUCGGGGCUGCCCAUGAAGGCCAAGCUUUCCAUCAUGCUGCUGACGCUGGUGGUGGCGAUGGCGGCCUACUGCUGCAUGGAGCGCAAGGUGGCACAGCACGUGGCCUACCGCCUGCCCCGCAUCCCUCGCCCGCGUCACAAGAUGCGCGGCUAC